CGGUAUUUACUCAACUGGGUGUGGCAGAGUGUAGAACUAAAUGCAGAAAAGUUUUCUUUCCUAAUUCUUUUGGCAGCUUUCUGCAUCCCGUGGCUGAGUCUGGAGUAGGCUUCUUAGUAGACGCUAUUUGAUAAACUACGAAAAUGGCGACCGGAGGCACUGUGAAACCCAGCAGUCCAUUUGAUGCCAGUUCCGAUGCUGAGGUCUUGUUCAAGGCGAUGAAAGGGCUGGGCACCGAUGAGGACACCAUCCUGCAGCUCCUUACGUCUCGCAGCAACGGGCAGCGGCAGCAGCUCAAAGCAGCUUAUAAGACCCUGUACGGAAAGGACCUGGUGGAUAAUUUAAAAUCUGAAUUGGGGGGAAAGUUUGAAACUCUGAUUGUUGGUCUUAUGACUCCACCCAUCGCAUAUGAUGUCACAGAGCUGAGGAAUGCAAUAAAGGGUGCAGGCACUGAUGAGAAGGUGCUGGUGGAGAUCAUGGCGUCUCGGACUGCGCAGCAGGUCAAAGAAAUCAUCAGGGCCUAUAAGGAAGAGCAUGGUGAUGACCUUGAGGAGGACAUUACAGGUGACACCUCUGGGCACUUCAAAAGGAUGAUGGUGGUGUUGCUGCAGGCCAGCCGGCAGCAGGGAGUGGAUGAAGGCAAAGUGGAGAGUGACACUCAGGAGCUGUUUGCUGCUGGAGAGAAGAAGUUUGGCACAGAUGAGGAGAAGUUCAUCACCAUCCUGGGCAACCGCAGUGCUGCUCACCUGAGGAGAGUGUUUGAGGAGUACAUGAAGCUCUCGGGGUAUGAGAUCGAGGAGACCAUUCAGAGAGAGACAUCCGGCAGUUUAAAGGACCUGCUGCUGGCUGUGGUGAAAUGUUCCAGAAGUGUCCCAGCCUACUUUGCAGAAAGCCUGUAUUACUCAAUGCAGGGAGCUGGUACUGAUGACAACAUGCUGAUUCGCAUCAUGGUGUCCAGGUCUGAGGUGGAUAUGCUGGACAUCAGGGCCAAUUUCAGGAGACUAUUCGCCAAGUCUCUGCACUCCUCCAUCCAGCACGACACGUCAGGAGACUACAGGAAGGCCCUGCUCCUGCUGUGUGGAGGUGAUGAUGCGUGAGGGGUGUGGCCUAAGAGGGGCAUGGCCUGACACCAGCGCUCAUAUCCUAUGAGCAUAGUGGCUCACGUGUGCUGCCUCAGUCAUGUGCUGCCAUGGAAACAGAAUAUUACACAUAUUUAUUCUGCAACCUUCAUUUACUAAUAGUGUUUAAAACUCAUAUUAAUAUGUCAAUUAUCUGUUAUUAGCAUCAUAGCCUGUCCAUUUUUAAUGCUUGCAGUGCUCUGUGUUUAGAAUGGCUUUUUUUGUUGCUCUGUUUGUUUAGUUUUUUUAUAUUGGCGCCCAACCUUGGGUUGAACAUGUUGAAUGCCCACCCUGAUUUGGACCAACUGUUUACAACCACGGCUGCAUUCAGUCAUGUGACAUUUGAGGUUCUCCUCAAAAACACGUGGAAUAGUUUUUUUCUUUUGUCAGAAGAGGACACCUCUGACCGACUGAAAAACACAAUGGCCAACUCAUGAUUGAUCGGCAAGCUUUUUUUCUGCGGACCUCAGCCAUAAACCCUGUCUUUAAAACACAGAUUCUGCAGGAGUGUAUCUUGCUGCUUUGGGAUUUGAGAUGUAUGCAAAGUGCAAAUUCAAUAAAAUAAGCACUGCA